CUCAGUGUACCAAUUAAACUGUCACUUUAAUCAUCAGUCGAUCCAAUUUAAUUCAGUUCAAUACUUUUUUUUUCAAUCAUCUUUUCAUAAGUUUAAAUUAAUCAGUUGAUCAUCACCAAUUAAUAAAUUGUAAUUCUCGUGAAAUAAUUGCUACUUUAGUCAAUUUUAUUGAUUGUUACUUGAUUAGAAUGAUGAUAAUUAAUUACAAUUUAGUUAACUGUUUAUGUAUUUUGUUAACAGUUAAUUGUUCAUUAAUAUCGAGUAGCAAUUUAACCAAGGAAUCAACAGUUUUACAAUCACCAUUUUAUCAGAAAUCAUUUCAUCAAAAUCGCGAUAAUCAAUUGAUUAAAUUGUCCAGAUUAAGACAACAAUUAGUGGUAAUUUCUUUUGAUGGAUUUCGUCAUGAUUAUAUUGACACAUUCAAUACACCAAAUCUUAAAUCAAUGGCAAUUAAUGGAGUUCAUGCCCUCAGGGGUUAUUAUCCUGCUUUUGUCACCAAAACAUUUCCAACUCACUGGACUCUUGCCACAGGUUUACACGAGGAAACUCAUGGAUUAAUUGACAAUCGUUUCUAUGAUUUACAAUUUAAUGAAACAUUUACGCGGUCAAAGGUUGACCAUAAAUGGUUUGGAGGUGAACCGAUCUGGUCAACAUGCCGACGACAAAAUUGUUCAGCUAAUGUCCUUUUCUGGCCUGGAAGUGCAUCAGUUAAUCAAUCUAAUGGAAACCAUUUUAGUUUACCUUAUAAUGAGACAAUCAGUUUAUCGGAUCGAUUUGAUUAUUUGAUUGAAUGGAUUAACUCGGGUGUUGAUUUAACGAUGAUUUACUUUCAUCAACCGGAUCAAGUUGGUCAUGAAUUUGGAGUCGCCUCUGAACCAGUUCGUAGUCAGGUUGAAACAAUUGAUUCAAUGGUUGGUAAUUUAAUGAUUACCUUACGAAACUCGUCUAGAUAUUCAAAUGUUAACGUUAUCAUCACCGGUGACCAUGGGAUGGUCAAUUUAACCUCCAACGGGACAAUCUAUUUGAAUGAUUACAUUAACUUGACCGAUAUUUCAGUUAUCUCCCAAUUAGGUCCUGUGGCCAGUUUAUUGCCCAAACCUGGUAAAUUUGAGGUCAUCUAUGAGUUAUUAAAGACCAGCGGUAAUCCCAAUUUUACCGUUUAUCUGAGGAAAGAUAUUCCCAGUCGAUUUUAUUACAAAAAUUCACUUCGGAUUAUGCCGAUUGUGAUUUUCGCACAUGAAGGAUACACGAUUGAUUCUGCUCCACGGGUACGACGAAGACGUAAAGUGGCCUUUCAUGGGUACGAUAAUUUACUUCCCUCUAUGAGGCCGAUCUUUUUUGCCGAAGGACCAGAAUUUAGGAAAAAUUAUCAAGUGGAACCUUUUAAUUCUGUUAAUUUGUAUUCACUUUUUUGUCACAUUUUACGAAUUCAACCAGCGCCAAAUAACGGGACCUUGAGCUCGAUCAGUCAUAUGUUGUCCAAAUCUAGUCAAUUGUAUCAAAAUUUAGAAGAUGAGAAAGAGCAAAAAGGUAAAAUCUACGAUUAACUGUCGAUAAUCAAAAUCGAUAAAUUUGUUUGUCAAUCACAAAUGGAAUAAGUUAAUUUUCUAAUUGUUUCUUAUGAUUAAAGAGGGAAUAUUUUUAUA